UGUUUGUGAUUGCUCAGUGCUUCGGUCUUAUGCCGGUUCGCGGAAUACUCGCCGCUACUGCAAAGGGAUUAUCGUUCAGCUGGAUAAGCUUCCGUACUUACUAUUGCUUAAUAUAUACGCUACUAACAACCGCUUGCACUGGUCUAACUCUGAAUAUGACCGUGAGAAGUGCAUUGGAGGUGGACAGCAUUUCACCAUUGGUAUUCCAUGUAAAUGCUCUCUUAGUUUCAAUCGGCUUCCUGCGUCUGGCCGGAAAAUGGCCGCAGUUGAUGCGAAAAUGGCAGCGUGUGGAACUGCUGAUGCCGGCCCAUCAGUCGUGGCGUGAGCGCGAGGCGUUGUCAGUACGGGUCCAUAAGGUCACAUUUGUGCUGAUCUCAUUGUCGCUGACUGAGCAUCUAUUGAGCACCAUUUCGGCUAUUCACUUUGCAAUUCAUUGCGCCACACAGAGCGAUGCCGUCGAAUCAUAUUUCACAGCGGUUUCCUCACACAUAUUUUUAGUUUUCGAUUAUUCCACAUGGUUGGCUUGGUUCGGAAAGAUACUAAAUGUGUUCAUGACGUUUGGUUGGAGUUACAUGGAUGUCUUUCUAAUGAUAAUUGGCAUAGGGCUCUCAUCUUUGUUCGGUCAAGUACAGAGCGGUUUGGAGCUUAUCAAGGGGCAGGUGAUGCCCGAAUCUUAUUGGACGCGAACCCGCUUGCAAUACCGUUUAAUUUGUGAUCUCAUAGAACAAGUGGACUCUGCUGUAUCCGGCAUAACUAUGCUCUCGUUCGCUAAUAAUCUCUUUUUCGUUUGCAUCCAAUUGUUAAGGAGCAUCAAUAAGAUGGCAUCUAUAUCUCAUUUUAUUUACUUUUAUGCUUCGCUGAGCUUUCUCUUGGGCCGCACCUUGGCUGUCUCACUGUAUCUCUCCGAAGUCAACGAGCGCUCUCGUGAGCCGCUAGGUUUUAUAAAACAUGUUCCGAAAGAGGGUUAUUGUGCCGAGGUAGAUCGGUUUGGACAUGAGAUAGCGGUUGAUAAUGUUGCGCUUACCGGACUGCAAUAUUUCAAUGUAACCCGCGGACUGAUAUUGACCGUUGCCGGUACCAUUGUCACUUACGAACUGGUGUUAAUACAAUUUCAAAAAGAAGAUAAAUUAUGGAAAUGUAGUUGA